GCGCGUUUUUUUUGACGACAUGGUUUCUAACGAAGAAUUACGAAGUGGUGCGGCUGAAUGGUUGCUGACUAUAGAAGAAGGCGGCCGCCGGUUGCAGGAGGUUGUGGAUAUUUUGUGUUCGAGCCAUGGUGAUCAGUUAGGGGCUGCAGGGGGGACAGUCACACUACAGCCAUGGCUGGAGGACAUGAUGCAGAGUAUGCUUGAAGUCAUUUGGGAGUUGGAGGGGCCGGCUCCUUCGCUUGAUGACUUUGUGGAUUGGCAUCAAAUGGCUUGCUCAUGCACAGGUGCUACGACAUCUUUAGGAGCGGCCAGGAUCGCUGUGCAGCCUUGGAGGCGGGAUUGUCGCCUGCGACAACGAAUGGAGAGAACAGAGGUGACAACAGCUUCAGCAUCAACAUCGAUUGUAACGACUGCAACGACAACGACAUCAUCGUCAGAGGUGGCGGUGGUAACAACAGCGACGACAACGUCGACAAUAACAAUGAUAGAAACAUCAACAACAACAACAACCUCACGAUUGUCAACCAUAGCUUUCUUGGUGUCAUGAAUGACAACUGUGGAGACGACAUCGUUAGCAAAGGGAUUGACGUUGGAGAUGGUGAGAACAUCAAUGAAAACGGCGACAAUAACGACAAUAAUAACUUCAACAUCUUCAACAACAACAACAAACAACUUAAGAAUGUUAACCACAGUUUUAUUGCUGACGACAACUACGGAGACAAAAUCGACGGCAAAGGGAUCGACGACAAUAACUGUGGAGAUGAAAUUGAUGGUCAAAGGAUCGACGAUAAUAACGGCGCUAUUGGGAUCGGCGGCACUGCUGGCAACAAUAGCACCGACAGGAUGCAACAAUAGCACCGACAGGAUUAACAGCAAUAAUAACUA